AUGGGGCGGUACUCGGGCAAGACCUGCCGCCUCCUCUUCAUGCUGGUGCUCACCGUCGGCUUCUUCGUGGCCGAGAUAGUGUCGGGCUACAUGGGCAACUCCAUCGCGCUGGUGUCCGACUCCUUCAACAUGCUCUCGGACCUCAUCUCGCUCUGCGUGGGCCUCUCCACGGGGCGCAUCGCCCGCCGCAGCCGCCGCGGGCCCCGCGCCACCUACGGCUACAGCCGCGCCGAGGCGGUGGGGGCGCUCAGCAACGCCGUCUUCCUCACCGCCCUCUGCUUCACCAUCUUCGUGGAGGCCGUGCUGCGCCUCGCCCGCCCCGAGCGCAUCGACGACCCCCAGCUGGUGCUCAUCGUGGGCGCCCUCGGCCUCGCCGUCAACCUCGUGGGGCUCCUCGUCUUCCAGGACUGGGCCGCCUGCUGCCGCUGCCGCCGCCCGCCGCCCCCCGGGCCCGAGGGGGCCCCCGCCGCCGCCGCUUUGAAUGCAGGUGAGUCACCAAAUGACCAAAAGAGGCCUGAGGAGAGGUCUGAGAGGAAAACAGAGAAAAAGUCUGAAGCCUUGAACAUCAGAGGUGUUCUUUUGCAUGUUAUGGGAGAUGCACUUGGAUCUGUGGUUGUGGUAGUUACAGCUACAAUCUUUCAUGUGCUUCCUCUGAGUGCUGAUGCUCCAUGUAACUGGGAGUGCUACAUCGAUCCAAGCCUGACAAUAAUUAUGGUGCUCAUCAUUUUGUCUUCUGCAUUCCCGCUUAUCAAAGAGACCUCGAUUAUUUUAUUGCAGAUGGUUCCCAAAGGUGUUAAUAUGCAGCUACUGACUGACAGACUAGCUCAUGUGCCAGGGGUUAGCAGCCUCCAUGAGGUGCAUGUCUGGGAGCUUGCAGGUGGGAAGAAUAUUGCUACUCUUCAUGUCAAGUGCCAAACCGCUACGGAUUACCAAGAUGCUGCUUAUAGAAUACGGAAGGUUUUCCACGAAGCAGGGAUCCAUUCUGUGACCAUCCAGCCGGAGUACCUUGACCACAAGACCUCCCAGCUCCUGUGCAGCUCACCCUGCAUCUCAAAAGCAUGCGACUCUCAGCUCUGCUGCAGUCAGCAGGAGGCAUCGCUCCCCCAAAUCAAUGGCUAUACUGAGAAAAAUGAUAGUUGCCUCUCUGCGCCACAUAAAGACAAUGGUUCAAGUAAAAAUGAUACCGAAAUCCCUAUUGAGUACCCGCUGACAGAGGAUAGCGUUAAAAACCUGAAAAAUUGUACAAUGUCUGAUGACAAAUCGCAGUUGAGCAGCACGCGAUUUUAAGCGGUUCACUCUGCAUAAUCUUCCCUUAGAACAAAAGUAUCCUGGCUGAAAAGUGGGCCAUCGCGGGUUGUAGCUGAAGCUGGUGUGGCAAAAAGA